CAGAGUUCCCCCAUAUAUCAGGCAUUUCCAUCAGACCUCCCCCUUACAUUAGGCAUUCCAAUCAGACUGCCCCCUUACAUCAGGCAUUCCCAUCAGAGUGCACCUUACAUCAGAGUGGCCCAUUAUAUAAGGUUCCCCCAUCACGGUGACACUUUACAUAGGGAGUGCCCAUCAGCGUGCCCCCUUACAUUAGGUGUCGCCAUCAGAGUACUCCUUUACAUCAGUUGUCCCCAUCAGAGUGCCCCUUUACAUCAGGUAUAUCCCUAUUACAGUGCCAUUUUACAUCAGGUAUUUCCAUCCACUCAAAGUACCCCUUUCCAU